AUGAGAAAAAAUCUUUUUACACAACUCGUACUCGUGGUCGUGAUCGCCACCAUUAGUCUUACCACAUUCCUUCAAUAUUACCAUCAUUCCGAUGCACUUCCCAUCGCUUCCAGUGUUUUACCAGGAGGAAGACAACCCAUCACUAAUCAAACACUCAUUAACGAAUUAAUUGCAUUUAUUCCUCAAGCCUCUUCGAACCGUGUUUGUCGAGUGACAAGAGUAGUGAAUGCUCAACAACAAAUAGUGGCUGGAGUUCUCUAUUAUUUGAUCGUGGAAGUAUCCACCUCGUGUGACACUUCCAGUCAAGACUCUUCUCAAAUAUUUUGUUUAAAGUUGAAGAUUUUCAGACCUCUUGUUACAAGAACAGUUUCAAAUCCACAACUUCAAAUAAAGAGUGAAGAAAGAGUGGAUUGUAAUACUCCAUUGUAA